AUGGCGACCAGAGUCCUUCAAAGCUGCACCAUCGGCCUAAAUCAGGCUAAAAACAGUGCCCGGACAAAAGGACAGGUGCUAAGUCUUAUCAGAGGCCUGGCAGCAUCUAAUAACAGACACAGAGAGGAUAGCUGGUUUAAGUCUCUGUUUGUACGAAAAGUUGAUCCCAGAAAGGAUGCUCACUCUCAUCUGCUUGCAAAAAAAGAAGAGAGCAACCUUUACAAAAUCCAGUUCCACAAUGUGAAACCUGAAUGUUUGGAUGCUUACAACAAACUCUGUGAGGAGGUUCUGCCGUCCAUUCAUGUGGAUCAAUACUACCCGUGUGAGCUGGUGGGGACCUGGAAUACCUGGUAUGGAGAGCAGGAUCAGGCUGUCCACCUCUGGCGAUACAGAGGCGGGUACCCAGCCCUGACUGAGGUCAUGAAUAAACUAAAGAACAACAAGGAAUUCAUGGAGUACAGGAAAGAACGAGGGAAGAUGCUUCACUCUCGCAGGAACCAGCUGCUGCUGGAGUUCAGCUUUUGGAAUGAGCCUGUUCCAAGAGAGGGGCCAAAUAUAUAUGAACUGAGGUCUUACCAGUUAAGACCAGGAACAAUGAUUGAGUGGGGUAAUUACUGGGCUCGAGCCAUCAGAUAUCGCCAGCAUAACCGUGAGGCUGUUGGAGGUUUCUUCUCUCAGAUUGGAGAUCUCUAUAUGGUUCAUCACCUCUGGGCAUACAAAGACCUGCAGUCCAGAGAGGUCACCAGGAAUGCAGCUUGGCAACAGGAGGGUUGGGAUGAAGUUGUAUACUACACAGUUCCACUUAUUCAGCACAUGGAUUCAAGGAUAAUGAUCCCACUGAAGGCAUCUCCACUGCAGUAAAAUUCCCUCUAGUUCCACAAGAAAAGACAACUUCAAUAGUGAACGACAUUGGAUCUUCCCACUGCCAGGUUUUAAUCAAUUAUAUUCAUAAUGUCAACGAAACACAUAAGUUAUAUGUACUCUCUUUAUAAGCGUCCAAAAGUAAAUACCAGCAAACAACAUCUUAUAAAUCUGCAUCCAGUAAAUAAUGAAUUAUUUUGUUUGUAUUAAUACAA